GUUUAUGUUUUCGUGCUUUUCUAAAGUAAUCUGUGAAAAUCUGUAAUUUUUCGUAAGUUCCGGUGAAGAAACCCGCUCCGAAAUGGCCAACAUUUCGAUGCAAGAUAUCGAAGCUGUCGACGAUUAUUGGGGUCCGACGUUUCGUACGAUUUUGGAAGGAAACUCGCAUGAUCAAAUUUCCGAACAACUCGAGUCCCGGAUUCGCUCGCACGAUAAGGACAUCGAACGGAUCUGCAAUCUGUACUACCAGGGCUUUAUCGAUUCCAUUCGGGAGCUAUUGCUGGUGAAAUCGCAAGCCCAAGGCCUGAAUCAGGAAGUGCAAGCGUUGGACGAUGGUUUGACCAAGGCGUCCGCGGGAGUGAUUGCCAAAGGGAACGAUUUGGUCAAGGCCCGGAAGGUAGAGGGGAACAUUGCUGGAGCGAUUGAAGGGCUCUCCAGCUGCCUGCCGGUAUUGGAGUGCUACUCGAAACUGUUGAAGCAGGUACGGGAGAAGCGGUACUAUCCGGCACUGAAGACGCUCGAAGUGUUGGAGAACGAGUAUUUGCCGAAGGUUUCCGGCUAUAAGUUCUCGCAGCAGAUGCGGGAAACGAUUCCAAAGUUAAAAGAGAAUAUUAAAAAGUCGUCGGAAGAGGACUUCCGGGAGUUUUUGGAGAAUAUUCGCAAAUUUUCACCGAGAAUCGGGGAAAUUGCAAUGAAGCAUACGAAGGAACUGCAAAAGAGAGAUUUGCAUACGAUCAUUGCGGAGUACAAGCAGAUGGCUUUGAAUGGGGAGUGCGUGGAUGACGAGGAAGACGUUAAUGCACAGGAUCUGAUUGAUUUUUCACCGAUCUAUCGGUGCUUGCAUAUCUAUACUGUGUUGAAUGACAAGGAGUAUUUUGAGAAGGAUUACCGCAAGCAGCGGAGGGAUCAAGCCAAGUUGGUUCUGCAGGCUCCCCAGACGAUGCACGAUAAUUUGGAAGCUUACAAGACGUACAUUUAUUCUAUCGUUGGAUUUUUCGUUGUCGAGGAUCACGUAAUGAACACGGGCGGUGAAAUUGUGACCCAGACAUAUUUGGAUGAUUUGUGGUCUUCGUCGCUGACUAGAGCGGUUAACGUUUUGAGCAUGUCGUCGGCGUCCUGCACGGAUCCGAACAUUCUGCUUCGCAUCAAGAAUUUGAUCAUGCUUAGCAUCACAACAUUGAAAAAUUACGGAUACACCGUAUCGCAACUGUGGGAUUUGUUGCUAGAAAUGCGCGAUCAUUACAACGAGGUUCUACUCCAGCGGUGGGUCAACGAGUUCCGUGAUAUUCUCGAUAAGAGCGAUUUUCUCCCGUUGGAAGCAGUUAGUCAAGAAGAGUACGAUGCCGUUUUGGAACGUUUCCCAUUCCACUCGGAACAGCUCGAGGCUCAAUCGUUCCCGAAAAAGUUCCCCUUCUCUCGGAUGGUUCCCGAAGUGUACCAUCAAGCGAUGGAGUUUAUGUACGCUUGCAUGAAAUUUUCCGAAGAGUUGACUCUUUCGCCGAAUGAAAUCGCUGCCAUGGUUCGGAAGGCAGCUAAUCUCCUGCUGACUCGAAGCUUCAGUGGAUGCCUGUCGGCAGUUUUUCGCAGUCCCAGUUUGGCACUGAUGCAGGUUAUUCAGAUCAUCAUCGAUACGCAGUAUCUGGAGAAGGCGGGUCCGUUUUUGGACAGUUUUGUAUGCAAAAUGACCGGCACUAGCCAGAACGUGACGCAAACGCCUUCGGCAAUGUUUCAGGUUGCCCGUUCGGAAGCCGAACAGCAAGUUUCUACCAAACUGUGCUCCAAGCUGGAUGAAUUCUUCGAAGAACUCGAAGGCUACGAUUGGCUGCUGCCGGAAAGCUACGGUCACGCUUCGCCUUUCGUAACCGACAUGAUUGCCUUUCUGCAGAGUACAUUCCAAAGCUUUUCCUACAUUUUGCCAGGCGUUGCACAUGCAGCUUGCCGAAAGGCUUGUGAGCACGUGGCGAUCCGAAUCUACAAGUUGAUUUUGUCGGACGAAAUUAAACAAAUCUCUGGUGGAGCGUUGGAUCAGAUCAAUCUAGAUCUGAUGCAGUUUGAGCUGUUUGCCGCUUCUGAUCCGGUUCCGGGAUUGCGGGAGGGCGAUUUGUCCAAAUACUUCGCCGAAAUUCGACAACUGCUGGACCUGCUGAUCUCCGAGGACUGGAGUGCCUAUUUGCAUGAUUUUGGGAAGGAUGACAAUCGCUACUCGCUGGUCCAUCCGUCGACGAUAAUUGUUGUGCUGGAGAAGCUUCGUGAAGCGGACAAGAAAUCGAUGCUCUCGCUGAUGAAAUCAAAAUCCGAGAGGGAUAAGAAGAAGCUGUUGGAAACGGUGCUUCGCCAGUUGAAGCAACUGGCCGAGCGGCAAAAUUAGGGAUAUUUCGGAUCCAAUGACACGCCCCGACUAGUUUGCAGUUGAACGAUAAUUUAUUAUAUAUGUUUAUGUAUUCCCGUCAUAAUAAAGGAACCCAUAAUUUACGAUUCUAAUUUGA